GGCAGUUCCGACUGUUAGAGCAUAUAUAGCCUUCGCCAUCUUGAGAAGAUAGGAGAGAAAAUCACCUGCACAUUUCAUCGUUUUCCGCACCGCAUUUUGUGUUUAUUUAUUAUCGAUGAGUGCAUCCAACAUCUAGAGCAUCUAUGCUGAUACCUCAGUGAGGGAGUCGCUGCCUGGCCAGCGGUCUGACCACCUGCUCAGAUCUGCCCCUGCUCUUCGACCGGCCGCAGGUAUGAUGGCGUGUUGCUUGUCUGAGGAAGCCCAGGAGCAGAAAAGGAUAAACCAAGAAAUAGAACGGCAAUUACGAAGAGACAAACGGGAGGCUAGGAAGGAACUCAAACUCCUCCUGCUUGGCACGGGGGAGUCGGGAAAAUCCACGUUUAUCAAACAGAUGCGAAUUAUCCACGGUGCUGGUUAUUCAGAUGACGACAAAAAGGGCUUUAUCAAACUUGUCUACCAAAAUAUAUUCAUGGCCAUGCAGAGUAUGAUACGGGCUAUGGACAUGCUCAAAAUCCAAUAUGGUGACUCGAGGAACAUCGACAAAGCGGAACUCGUCCGGAGUGUUGAUUUUGAGACAGUGACGACGUUCGAGGCCCAGUUCGUGGAGGCCAUCAAAGACCUCUGGGCGGACUCGGGCAUUCAAGAAUGUUACGACAGGCGUCGUGAAUAUCAGCUCACCGACUCGGCCAAAUACUAUUUAAUGGAAAUUGACCGAGUCGCCGCACACAACUAUUUGCCUACAGAACAGGACAUUUUACGAGUCCGAGUUCCUACAACAGGCAUCAUAGAAUACCCCUUUGACCUAGAAGAAAUUCGUUUCAGUUAUCUUAGUGACCUAGACAGAAUCAGAGCACCCGACUACCUGCCAACGGAGCAGGACAUUUUACGUGCUCGACAGCCAACCACUGGUAUUAUCGAGUACCCUUUUGAUCUGGACUCCAUUGUGUUCAGAAUGGUGGAUGUCGGAGGACAGAGGUCUGAACGAAGAAAAUGGAUUCACUGUUUUGAAAACGUUACAUCUAUCAUCUUCCUGGUAGCCUUAAGUGAAUACGACCAGAUAUUAUUUGAGUCGGAGAAUGAGAAUCGAAUGGAGGAGUCCAAGGCAUUGUUCCGCACCAUUAUUACCUACCCUUGGUUUCAACAUUCGUCAGUCAUUCUCUUCUUAAACAAGAAAGACUUGCUUGAAGAAAAAAUCAUGUACUCUCAUCUUGUCGACUAUUUCCCCGAGUUUGAUGGUCCGCAAAGAGAUGCUAUUAGAGCAAGAGAAUUCAUUCUCCAAAUGUUCGUGGAUAUGAAUCCAGACUCAGAAAAAAUAAUUUACUCGCAUUUUACAUGUGCAACUGAUACGGAGAACAUUAGAUUUGUAUUUGCUGCUGUCAAAGAUACCAUUUUGCAAUCCAACCUCAAGGAAUACAACCUUGUCUAAACCCUUGGCCGGCACAAGAGGGGAAUCAGCAGCAGCAGCAAAAGCACAAAUCAAAGAUCAACGUAACCACACCCACGCAUUAGUACAUACAGACACACGAAUUCGUUGGUCAGGCAAUGACGCUGAUCGAUGGCGCAUCAAGAUGGUUAUUAAUUUGUCACUGAGUUGGUUCAUGUGUUUUUCUCGCCGCCAGUGAAGGAAUCGAUAUGAUUUGCCCAUUCUCAUCUUCUGACCCUAAAAAUCUGGCUCAUCUUACGGAAAUUCGCCGCUGGAGCAGCCAGAACCUUAGUGACAAUUGCAUUUGCCCCUCUGUUUGGUAUUUGUGAAAGUAGCAGAAGAGAGCGAGCGGAAAUUUGUUACGGAAAAGUGAGCAACUUUUCGUCGUGACUUCCUACUAAAAGUGAACUCAAAAAAGAAGUAUGGAGGCGUGUCUCAGUUGAUUCAAAACUCCUCGUCGUUUUCCAUCCUUUUCUCAUUCUAACCUUGACACCUAAGUAAACCAAAACCGCAAAUUCACUCUUGGACAUCAACAAAAUCAGGCAAUAUAGUUUAGUGCCAGGAGCAUUGACUAAUGAUGUAUGUGGAGACUAUCAAUUUAAGAAUCCAUUGAUGGUUUUCUGAUUAAUUUCAGCAGUGGCUGGUGCUAGCAAUAGCAAGUGCGAAACAUUGCCAAACAAAUUGAUGCCAAUGAAAUACCACACGCAAAUUCUGAAAAGAAGCAAAUUUCAAAAUACAUUGAAUACCUAUUUGUUGUAGAAUUCCAAGUUAACAUAGCAUCACUUGAGAAUUUAAGCAAUAGAGCCUAGGGGAUCUUUGAAAUCAUUAAUUCGAAGGUGAUUUGUGAUAUUCUUUUUUUUCCAAAAUCGAGAGAUUGUUGAUUUUACUAAAGAGCAUAAUGCAGUGAGUGGCGCAGACAGUGGCGCAACUUGUCAAAGUAAAAAUAUAAAUGAUAAACCGAAAAUGUAAGGAAAAUUAUCUUUUGUGCAGCUGCUGCGAUUUUCACAUCACGAACACUGACACUCACAUACACACCAAGUUAAAUGUAACAUUGCAUUUAUUAAUUACGAUUUUUGUUCUCACGUUGGCGAAAGAUAAUUUUUCAUGGCCACUCCCAAGAAUUUCCACUACAAUAGUCAUGCUCUCAACAGUCAUAACUUUCCGAAACCGUGUUUAUUGUUUGUAAGAUAUGGAAAUUUGACACAAAGACAUUCUAUUAAUGCCAUUUACAAAUUAACUGCGAAGAGAAGAAUUUUAAAACAAAAGUUAUCAGGCUUUGGGGCUUAAAUUGGAUUGAUUCGGAAACAAACUUACUUCCCCUAAACUCUUGCAAGUUACAGUUGAGAACUCUCAAACCGUGAAAUGCGUCAUGCACUUGAAACUAAAAAUUGAAAAAGAGGCAUAAUGACAAACAUUUCAUCGCUGCGUUUAUAUUUUCUAUGAUAGGUCUGUAACUCUAAUCAUAACCCAAUUGUGAAAAUGCAUUGACAUUUUUUUUAUAGUGAAUAUAAUUAUAUUUCACGGUCGAAAUACGGAAAUAACAGGCCCAAAACCAUAAUGGAAAAUUCUUGCUAAUUCCUUACAAAGUAAAAAUGUCUGCCAUUUGGAAAUUUUUAAAAGUUAUUGAAGAAGAGCAGAAAGUAGCAAGCUAUAUGUAUAUUUGAAGAUUAAAUUAAACAGAAAAGAGAAAAACGGAAAAUUAUAUCAUUCAGCGUUAAAAAGAUAAAUGAAAAGAGAUGCAUCUCACCGUGUAUGUUUAUAAUCAUUGCAAAAACGAAAAGGGUCUGUGUUACUUGAAAUAGCUCUCCCCUCAAAUUUGGGCUCACGUGUUUCGAUUUUCUACUUGCAAAUAUGCUCUUUUUUCAGGAGAAUGGCAAAGUAUGUGUAAAACAUUGACAUAAGCGAGCUAUUUCCAAGAAAUCGCCCUUGUUUUCUUUGUCAACUCGAAUUUUUCGCAGCCUUAGUUGUGCGCAAUAUUAUAAAGUGCACGCAAAACACAACUUUGAAGAUACAUCUCACAAUUGGACUCGGCAUUUCUUUUAUCAGUUUGAGUUAAUCAAUUUUCCAGUAAAACCCGUGAACACUAACAAACACACAAACACUGUAUAGCAGGAUUAAUUGAUAGUUGUGGGUGCGUGGUAAUGACGAAGAUGAUGAUGGAUGUCAUGUUUGUAAAUAAUAACAGGUAUUUCAAUGAAAUUAGUCGCUCCACGUGGUAAUUAUCAUAAGGAUUUAUAAAUACUUUCAUUGUGUUAUGCAUAUAUUAUAGUAUAUUUUUAAUUUUGAGCUAUAAACCCCAUUAUUUGUGCGAGUCUGCAGUCCUUUGUUAAUUUUAUUUGCAAUCUUGUUUAUGCACAAAUCUGACUGUAACAGGUUUUUGUUGUGAUUACUCUCUGGAUAAUGUCACAUUUGAAUUUAGCUGUGUUUUGCAGAUCACGUGGUCGCGGGGUCGGCUCUGAAUUUAACCAAAGUGUUGCGAUCGCUGAAGUUCGGACCAACCGUGAUUGAUCUGUGAAAUAAGUUUGGCAAGUCAUAAGCUCGCGUCCUGUAUUUUUCUUCGCUUGGCCCACUCAAACCGUUUAUAUUAUUAAUUUGAUGAUGUGAUCGACACUGCACUAUUUUUUUCUGUUGAAUAUUAACGCGCUUUGUGCAUUUUGUACAUAUGAAGAUAUAUAUUUAACUGCCAUUCAUUUGAUUGGAUGGGCCACGCUGUAAUUCAAUCAUUUCCUCCGGCCGAAUGAGAGACGGCCAGCGAUUUGAAUAAGAGAAGAAAAUAAUGCGUUUGCUUGCAAAUUGAAACUGAGAACAUCCCUGACUUGUUGUGGGGUGGCCACCACUCAAGGUUAUAAUAAAAGUAGUGACGAUUUCCGACGAUGCCCGUUUUUUAUAAAUGUAAAUGUAAGUACAGUAAAUAUGACAUAAUUCCACGAGUGAGGUUGUUUUUGGCUGGAUUUUGCGUGCAGAAUGAAAAUAGAAAUUGUGGCCUGCUCCAACUCGAUACGCGGGCAAACGGGCGACCCGAAUUUCCUCCAUAAAAAGAAAAAGUGGCCUCUUUAUGGAGAGAAUCAUUAAUUUGUCCUUCGCAGCAUUUACAAGGCAAACACACAAAAACCAUGUUAUCGAUUAUUCUUAGGAAAAUGAUUAUUUUAUGUGUGUUCAUUUAUUUUUGCAUAGCUUGUUGCUAAAAGACUUUAUUCAAAGUAAAAGUAAGUGAAAUCAUUACUGACAAAAAAAGCAGUAAUAAUAAUAUCGUUCGCGCCAUUUUCAGUUGGUUAUGAUUAUUAAUUACGCAUUAUAUACACUGUAAAAAGUCUUGGGCCAUAAUUCAUGUUGGUAUUUAUUUCUGCUUUAGUCCCUUCCUUACAGUCUUGAGAAUUUGUCGUUGAUGAAGAAACCUAAUAUAUUUUAUGAGUAGUCUUCUCCGGGUGAGGUGUCUUGAUCGGCCCUACCGAGAAGCUUUAUAUUAUUUAACUUUUGGUAUAUAAUAUCUAAUGCUAAUUCAAAACGAAAAUAUGAAUCAUGCGAAAGGUGGGAUAAUUCAAAGUUUUUUUCGACUACACGCAUGCCACACUCUAGUUUGACAUGGAUGAAUAUAAAGAUUUACUAUCUGCUAAGUUAAUCAGUUCAUUAAUUAAUCAAUACUAUGAUUCAACUGAGAAAUUUCUUGAUUUUGGGCGAUAAAAACGUAAUACCGAGUAAAACAAAAAGCAUAUUAUUAUUAUUAUUCUGAACGUAUGUGUGCAGAGGACUUGGUGAGUUCUUUUUGAUGCAAACUAAACAAAAGAAAGAAAAUGUACGUACAUGUGAAAAUGGCGUGAGAUGCUUGUGAUGUUACAAGUGUGAAUGCUAGUGAUCUGCGAGAGCUUUUUGAAUGGUUAUAGAAAAAUUUGUAAACGCACUUCUUGUCAAAAAAUAAACAUUUUUUUCUGAAA